AUGAAGCUACCCUGGCCAAACGUGUUUGCAGACGGAGAUGUGGAGAAAUGGAUUCGCGAUUUUGAAUUAAUCGCAUCGUGCAACGGCAUCAAAGGGAGUGCGUACAUGGUCACCGCGUUGGGGUCACUGCUCACCGGACGAGCGAGGGCCGCUUACGACUUGAAUUUGGAAAGCAACCGAGCCCUAAAUUAUGAGAAUUUAAAAUCUGCAUUGGUGGCAGAAUUUUCAAAGGAGGGUGACCGCGAGAAGGCGAUGAACCGGUUUUACGCUGCGGAGUACAACCGAACUGAAGACCCGUUGGCACACUACCAAUACAUCAAGCGACAAAUUUCCCUGGGCCUGCCAGAGGCGAAUAACGAAACACGGGAGAGGCUUGCCAAAGACCGGUUCAUACAAAGCAUGCCGGCACAGGUGAAAGACAAACUGAGACUUGCGUUGGCGUGCGGAGUGAAUGAUGCGGAGGGCCUAAUUUCCAUUGUGCAAGCCUGCCAAAAUGAUGAUUUGGUUGCUCGGGUGGAUGCUGCUGAAACUGAAAAUAAGAUAGAACAAAUAUUUAAAGAAAUCGGAAGACUGAAGGAGGAAUUGAAAGGCGGAUUACAGGGAAGGAGACGUUCCAGGGCUCAAGUUCGGCCAAAGCGAUGUUUCAGAUGCUACGGUGUAGGACACCUUGCCCGUUUUUGCCCAAACCAGCACAUUCGUCCGUGUUUUUCUGUUUCUAAUCCAACCGCCCGGGGGGUCCCAAGGCUUGAGGUUUUCAUUUUGGGACGGUCAAAGUUGGCUGUUAUAGAUACGGGUGCCGGGAUUUCCAUUAUGCCUCGGGUAGAAGGGGUUCCGGUGAAGCCGUGCAAUGUGAGCGUACGUGUGGUUGGGGGUAUGUCACUCGGAGUCCUGGGUAAACAAUGUGUCAGUGUGAGAAUUGGUGGGGUGACCGUUACCCAUGAGAUGGUCUUGAUUGAAGGUGUUAGCAAGGUUAUAAUCGGUGUCCAUCUACUCAGGCGUGUGGGUGCGAACAUCGAUUUCGUAGGAGGUAAAUUACUCGUGGGAUCAGAAGCACAGGAAUUACGCUCAGGAAAACAAACAUAUUCUCUCGUCAGCGUUGUGAGGAAAUCAACCGGUCUGGAGUGUCCAAUUCCAUGCGUUAAGCAAUGCGUUGAAAAGUAUUCUUAA